AUGCGUCAGGUGGAUGCUGGACCCACCAGUGACUCGCUGGACACACCUGCAACUCCUCACAUGUCAGGCAUUGGUGGUACUUGUGUAAAAGUCAGACCUACAAUCACCUCAAACCAUGAAGGAGCUGUACUGACAGGAAACACAGUGACUCUGUACUGUAAACUCCCUCAGUCUGCUGGAUGGACGUUUUAUUGGUCCAAACACACACAGAACUCUGAGAAGGAGACCAUCACCAACGUCUACACCAUCAGCUCAGUUAGUCUCUCUGAUGGAGGUCAGUACUGGUGCAGAGCUGGCAGAGGAAACCCAGUCUACUACACACACUACAGUGAUGCACUCUGGGUAAACGUUACUGACAGCACUAAAGCUGUGGUGUCCAUAAAGCCUGAUAAACAGGUGUUUAAAGGAGAGGCGGUCACUCUGAGAUGUGACAUACAGGCAGGAGGAGACACUGAGUGGACUUACAGCUGGUAUAAAGAUGACCGUUUGUCCUCAAACAGAAGAACACAGGAGUUCACAAUCAGCUCUGUUACAGAGUCUAACGGUGGUAAAUACACCUGCAGAGGAGAAAGAAAACAUGACUCUCAGAGCUCAGAGAUCAGUGAUGCUGUUACACUGACUGUGUCUGAACAACCUAAACUGAGUGUGGAGUCUCAGAGCACAGUCUACACUGGAGACAGAGUUACUCUGAGCUGUGAGCCGCCAGAGAGUACUGGAUGGGAGAUUCACUGGAGGAAAAACAAUCAGUAUAUAAAACAUUUAGAACUUCUGAAAACAAUCAGUGUUACAGAGUCUGAUCCAGGAGAAGCAGAGUACCAGUGUGUAGUGACGAAAGACUUACACACUACAUUAUACAGUGAUACAGUCAAGAUUACAUAUGAAUGGUAUAAGAAUAAUAAUCUUCUCAGAGAUGCUCAAAGGAAGAAAUAUGAAAUCUCUAAUGUUGAUCAGUCUCAUGCAGGUUUUUUUACCUGUAAGGGAACACAGUCAACAGGCCGAAUAUACACACACACCAGUGAAGCUGUUACAUUGACUGUAUCAGACAGCACUAAAGCUGUGGCGUCCAUAAAGCCUGAUAAACAGGUGUUUAAAGGAGAGGCGGUCACCCUGAGAUGUGACACACAGGCAGGAGGAGACACUGAGUGGACUUACAGCUGGUAUAAUGAUGACCGUUUGUCCUCAAACAGAAGAACACAGGAGUUCACAAUCAGCUCUGUUACAGAGUCUAACGGUGGUAAAUACACCUGCAGAGGAGAAAGAAAACAUGACUCUCAGAGCUCAGAGAUCAGUGAUGCUGUUACACUGACUGUGUCUGAUGUAGCUCAGGCAGUAUUGAGUGUGUCUCCACAGAGCUGGCUGACUGAAGGAGACUCAGUGACUCUAAGCUGUGAGGUUACAGGCUCCUCUACAGGCUGGACAUUCAGCUGGUACAGAGCUGUUCUCUACAGACAAGGCUUACAACAAAUAAGAGACAUUCAUGGCAAAGUUCUGUAUCAUGUAGAGCUCCUGUCAGACAGCAGAAGAGAAGCUGGAGACUCCUACACUCUCAGUCCUGCUGCUCUAAAUCACACAGGAGUUUAUGUGUGCAGAGCAGAGAGAGGAGAACCAGCCUAUCAGACACAGUACAGCACUCCACAGGCACUAUGGAUCACUGGUUCAUCUCCUCCAGUCUCUCUGAUCAUCAGUCCCAGCAGAACUCAACACUUUAGUGCUGGCUCUCUCUCACUGAGCUGUGAGGGACAGAGUGACUCUACUGGAUGGAGAGUGAGACGAUACACACACAGUGGGGAGGUGUCAGAUUGUUCAUCAGUCACAGGAUCUACAUGCAAAAUCAGCUCCCUCUACACAUCCCUCACUGGAGUUUACUGGUGUCAGUCUGAAUCUGGAGGAGGAAGUGAUCCUCUCAACAUCACAGUGCACAAUGGUGAUGUGAUUCUGGACAGUCCUGUCCAUCCUGUGACUGAGGGAGAUUCUCUGACUCUCCGUUGUUUAUAUCGAUCCACAAAGUCCUCAAACCUCACAGCUGAUUUCUAUAAAGAUGGAUCACUGCUCCAGACCCAGACUACAGGAGAGAUGAUCAUCCGUACUGUCUCAAAGUCAGAUGAAGGUCUCUACCACUGUAAACACCCAGAGAAAGGAGAGUCACCCACGAGCUGGCUCUCAGUCAGAGCUUCAAGUUCUGGAUCUGGAUCUACAAUGGUAGGAGUGGCAGUGGGACUGAGUCUAACCUUGCUCCUCAUUAUAAUACUGGGCCUGAUUUGCUGUUGCAAGAAGAACAAAGAUGAUUCUGCAGCUCAGCCCAGUGAUGUAACUUACGCUCAGAUUGAGACUACAAACAACUACAAAGGAAACAAUGAAGCAGUGAGGAGACCAAAUGGUGUGACUUAUUCCCAAAUUCAGAUGAAAAACUUGAGACACCACAGAGAAGGUCUAUGA